GCAGGGUAAAUCGCUUAUAUAUAAUAUUUAGUUUAGAUAUUUCAGAGGACUCAACAUGGGCAGGAUCAUCCUCUACGAGGACAGGGACUACCUGGGCGGCAGCUACGAGUGCGACAGCGCCUGCGCCGACUUCCACUCCUACCUGAGCCGCUGCAACUCGGCCAGGGUGGAGAGCGGGACGUGGGUCAUCUACGAGAGGCCGAACUACCUGGGCUACCAGUAUGUCCUGAGAAGAGGCGACUACCCCGACUUCCAGAGCUGGAACGGCCUCAACGACAGAGUCAGCUCCUGCAGGAUGAUUCAGCUCGUAAGCCAUUUUGAGCGUGUGAACGAACCUAAAUAUGACCUAGCCAGACACUUCAACCGCUGUCUUUGUUUUUCACUCAGGCCGCUGGAGAGGUCCAGCAGUACAAGAUCCAGCUCUACGGCAAAGGGGACUUUUCCGGUCAGGUGUUUGAGUCGACCGAGGACUGCCCCUCGGUGCUGGAGAAGUGCCACUGGAGGGAAGUGCACUCCUGCAGGGUCCUUGGAGGCUGCUGGAUCUUCUACGAGCACCCCAACUACAGGGGCCGCCAGUACGUGCUGGAGAAGGGCGAAUACCGAAGGCCUGUGGACUGGGGAGCAGUCUGCCCCACUGUGCAGUCGUUUAGACGGCUAACGG